CCCUUCAGCCGCCCCCCCCCCCCCCAUGGCGGCCAAUGGCCAGGCGGGGCCCCCCCCCUUUGGAGGCGGAGCCGGGUCACGUGCUGGGAAGAAAGGGCUGGCGGCCCGCGGGGCGUAGCGGCCAUGGCAGCUCCAGAGUCGCUGUCCCCGGCGGGCGGCGCGGGGGAGGAGGCGCCAGAUGAAGAUGAGGACGAGGCGGAAGCUGAGGACCCCGAGAGGCCGGCGGGAGGGGCCGGCGUCCGCGGUGGAGGCGGCGCGCUGGGGCCCGGGGCUGGGGCCGGGCUGGGGGGCUGCGGCGGUCCCGGGGGCGCGCUCACGCGGCGCGCGGUCACGCUGCGGGUCCUUCUCAAAGACGCGCUACUGGAGCCUGGAGUCGGGGUGCUAUCCAUCUACUACCUGGGAAAGAAGUUCCUGGGGGAUCUGCAGCCCGACGGGAGGAUCGUGUGGCAGGAGACGGGGCAGGUGUUCAACUCCCCCAGCGCCUGGGCCACGCACUGCAAGAAGCUGGUGAACCCCGCCAAGAAGUCGGGGUGCGGCUGGGCCUCUGUCAAGUAUAAAGGUCAGAAGCUGGACAAAUACAAGGCUGCCUGGCUGCAGCGACACCAGCUUCACAUGCCCACAGCCGCCGCUGAUGAGAGCCCUGCCAGCGAAGGGGAGGAGGAGGAGCUGGUGAUGGAGGAGGAGGAGGAAGAGCUCGUAGCAGAGGACAAGAGCCGCAGAGCCCCAGGGAAGGGCCCCUCGGAGUCUGCGCACCUGGAGGCUUCCAAACUCCGGGUGCCCAUCCGCUACUGUAUGUUGGGGAGCCGAGACUCGGCCAGGAACCCCCACACGCUGGUGGAGGUGACCUCCUUCUCUGCCAUUAACAAGUUCCAGCCGUUCAACGUGGCUGUUUCCAGCAAUGUGCUCUUCCUGCUGGACUUCCACAGCCACCUGACGCGCAGCGAGGUCGUGGGGUACCUGGGGGGCCGCUGGGACACCAACAGCCAGAUGCUCACAGUGCUGAGAGCUUUCCCCUGUCGGAGCCGGCUGGGCGACGCGGAGACGGCAGCUGCCACAGAAGAGGAGAUCUACCAGAGCCUGCUCCUGCGCGGCCUGUCCCUGGUGGGCUGGUACCACAGCCACCCACACAGCCCGGCGCUGCCGUCGCUGCAGGACCUGGACGCGCAGAUGGACUACCAGCUGCGGCUGCAAGGCUCCAGCAACGGCUUCCAGCCCUGCCUGGCACUGCUGUGCUCUCCUUACUAUUCCGGCAACCCAGGCCCGGAGUCCAAGAUCGCGCCCUUCUGGGUGAUGCCGCCCCCGGAGCAAAGGCCGAGCGACUACGGCAUCCCCAUGGACGUGGAGAUGGCCUACGUGCAGGACAACUUCCUGACCAACGACAUCCUGCAUGAGAUGAUGCUGCUGGUUGAGUUCUACAAGGGCGCCCCCGACUUGGUGCAUUUCCAGGAGGCCUGGAGCCCGGAGCACAGCUACCUAGACAAGCUGAAGAUCUCGCUGGCUAGCCGGACACCCAAGGACCAGGGGGUGUGCCCGAUGCUGGAACAGGUGUUCGGCGUCCUCAAGCAGGGGAGCUGAGCCCGGCCUCCCGAGGAUCCCCCUGUGCUCGGAGGCUGCGUUCCACACAAUAAAGCCGCCCCACGAACGGCC